AUGCGGCGGUCAACUUGGUCAUCCUCGUUGUUCGAAAAUUGGGUCGAUGACGUUAAAGCAGCUUUUUUGGAGUUCGUCGGUACCACGUUCUUCCUCCUCCUUGCAUUUGGGGGAAUCCAAGCAUCCAAUGCAGAGACAGAAACCAGCUCUUCGACCGCGACGUCCAACGUUCUGCAUGAUAUGUAUAUCGCUCUCUCUAUGGGCUUCAGCCUCCUGGUUUCCGUGUGGAUCUUCUACCGAGCCAGCGGCGGCGUCUUUAACCCGAACAUCAGCUUGGCCCUCCUGUUGACAGGCAUAAUCGGGCCCCUACGAUUUGUCUUGUAUUGCAUAGCCCAGCUCGUCGGCGGUAUAACAGCAGCUGCCUUGGUCCUAGCGCUGACACCCGGACCGCUCGUUUCAAACACGUUUCUGCAGGCUUCAAUCAACGAAGCGCAAGGUGUUUUCAUUGAGAUGUUCAUCACCACCGCCCUGGUGAUUGCCGUUCUCAUGCUGGCAGCGGAGAAACAUUUCGUCACUCCAUUUGCACCGGUUGGUAUCGGCCUCACACUCUUCGCUUGCCAUCUCUGGGCAGUGUACUAUACCGGGGCAGGAAUGAAUGUCGCCCGUGCAUUUGGUCCGGCCGUUGUAACGGGCUUUCCAUAUAGCAGCCAGUGGGUGUACUGGGUAGGGGACGGCUUAGGCUCCCUCCUCGGAGCUGGAUUUUACAUCGUUCUUAAACAGAACCAUUAUUGGCGACUCAACCCGAGGCAAGAUACCACAGAUCACGAAGAGUCGCCUCGCGUCCCUCUACAGGAUGGAAUCGGCUCUGCCGCUCGCCGCUCAGGAUCACGAUCCACAUGUCGUUCAGGGGCUAGGCGACUCAGCGAUGACCCGAAUGCUGUAGCGAAACGGGAGAAGCAGGUUGCCAACGACAACGUCGCCGAAACAAAUGACGAGCCCGUGGGCACUGAAGACGUGAUGCCGAAAGGGCGGCAACGCGUCGACGACAGCCCUGUCUAA